GCUGUGAGUAAACGUCGGAUAAAUCAUUGAAAUUGUAUAAAAUAUGGCGAAACAAAUAAAAAUGGUACUAAUAGAUCUUAGUGGAACACUGCAUAUUGAUAAUUCAGCGAUUCCAGGUGCUGUAGAAGCUCUACACAGACUUCGAAACGCUGGUAUACCGCUUAAAUUCGUCACAAAUACAACGAAAGAAUCCGGCAAUUUUUUAUAUGGUCGAUUGACAAAACUCGGUUUUGAUAUUAAGAAGGAAGAAAUUUUCAGUUCUUUAGCUGCAGCGAGGAAAUUGAUUAUUUCGCGGAAAUUAAAUCCAAUGUUAUUUAUUGAUCCUGCUGCUAAUGAAGAUUUCGAUGAUUUAAUAAGAAAUGACGAUAAAAAAGAUGCUGUAGUAAUAGGAUUGGCUCCAGAUAAGUUCAAUUAUGAAAAAUUGACCAAAGCAUUCAGAUUGCUGUUAGAUGGCGCAUCGCUCAUAGCCAUUCAUAAAGGGCGGUAUUAUAAAAGGCCAGAUGGUUUAGCUCUAGGACCAGGCGCAUUUAUCGCUGGUUUAGAAUAUUCCGCUGAUAUCAAGGCAGAAAUUGUCGGAAAACCAGCUGCAGAAUUCUUCAAAGCUGCUUUGGGAGAUAUACCUCCAGAAGAAGCGAUUAUGAUAGGCGAUGACGUUAAAGAUGACGUAGCUGGUGCACAAGCUAUCGGUAUCAGAGGACUUUUGGUACAAACUGGAAAGUAUCGAGAUGGAGAUGAAAAUACAAUUACACCGCCGCCUACAAAAGUAUGCAGCUCUUUUGUCCAAGCUGUAGAAUUUAUUCUUAAAAAAGAAAUUUAAGUAGUAUGAUUUUGCAACAGUGAAAGAAUAUUAUGUAUAUAUA